AUGGGUCGGUUUAAUCUUAUAGUCGUGCUGUCACUUGGCCUUAGCUUGUGCCUCUUCCCCAACACAAUAUCAGCAGCACUACGAAAAAAUUACUAUGCCAAUGUCUGCCCCAAUGUCGAAAACAUUGUCAGAGAUGCUGUCAGAAAGAAAUUUAACCAAACGUUUGUUACAGUUCCUGCAACCAUCCGCCUCUUCUUCCACGAUUGCUUUGUCCAGGGUUGUGAUGCGUCGGUGAUAAUAGCAUCCAGUGGAAGUAACACGGCAGAGAAGGACCAUCCUGACAAUCUCUCACUUGCCGGAGAUGGAUUUGACACCGUGAUCAAAGCCAAGGCGGCUGUUGAUGCGGUCCCAAGCUGCAAGAACAAGGUCUCCUGCGCUGAUAUACUCGCAAUGGCAACCCGAGAUGCCAUUGCUCUGUCUGGCGGGCCUUCAUAUGCGGUUGAGUUGGGAAGGUUGGAUGGGCUAAGUUCAACAGCUGCAAGUGUAAAUGGGAAGCUGCCUGCACCAACCUUCAAUCUGACUCAGCUCAAUACCCUAUUUGCUGCCAAUGGCCUCUCCCAAAACGACAUGAUUGCUCUCUCAGCGGCUCACACGGUUGGAUUCUCUCACUGUAGCAGAUUUGCGGACCGGAUAUACAAUUUCAGCCGUCAAAACCCGGUGGACCCUACGCUAAACAAGGCAUAUGCGACCCAACUUCAAUCUGACUGCCCGACGGAUGUGGACCCCAGGAUAGCCAUCAACAUGGACCCAAACACGCCCAAUACGUUUGAUAAUAUGUACUUCAAGAAUCUCCAGCAAGGGAUGGGCCUGUUCACUUCGGAUCAAGUCCUCUUCACAGACACCCGGUCCAGGCCCUUUGUGAAUAGAUUGGCCAGAAAUGCGACAGAUUUCCAGAAGGUCUUCGUCAAUGCAAUGACCAGGCUGGGCCGGGUCGGAGUGAAGACGGGCAAGAAUGGGAAUAUUCGUAUCGAUUGUGGAUCUUUCAAUUGA